UUAGUCGUAUUGUAUUUAAAGCAAGUACAUGACAUAAAACUCGUCAUUGAUUAUUCGUUCGAAUUAUAAGUAUGUUCUGGAUUGUACGAUUAUUUAUGGGAACAAAAUAUAUCUAUACGAGAAGAUAUUGCUACAGUAGUUUCAUUACGAAAUAUCAUGCACUGUGAGGCUGAAUUAAUGCAUUAUUUGUACAAAUGAAUUCGAACGUAUUUAUGAAAAGUGUAAACGAGAAAUAAUUUAACGAAAUGAUAAAAUAUAUCUCAAUUGUUUUCGAAAAGUCAUUUAUUACAUUAAAUUGAUGGACAUCUCGUUAUUCUUACAUAAUCAAAAAAAAAAGCUUUUAUUUGUAUGAAGGUUCAUUAACAUAGUUACAUUCACCACAGUGUCGCGCUCGGGGCAUCUUUCUCCUCGGCAUUCUAAUUAUUUGAAACAAAUUUUAUGAAUAUCAAUUAAGGAAUGGAAGAAUACGCAAGAGAACCAUGCCCAUGGCGUAUAAUAGAUGACUGUGGUGGUGCCUUUACCAUGGGUGCUAUUGGUGGUGCAGUAUUUCAAAGUAUUAAAGGAUUUCGUAAUGCACCCAGUGGAAUAAACAAAAGGGUCCUAGGAAGCCUUAUAGCUAUUAAACAGAAGUCUCCUAUUAUUGCUGGAAAUUUUGCAUUAUGGGGUGGUAUGUUUUCUACAAUAGAUUGUAGUUUGGUUCAUCUUAGGAAGAAAGAAGACCCAUGGAACUCUAUUAUCAGUGGAGCAGCUACUGGUGGAAUAUUAGCAGCAAGAAAUGGUUUACCAGCCAUGGCUGGUAGUGCAAUUAUUGGAGGAGUGUUAUUGGCUUUAAUAGAAGGUGUAGGAAUAUUUAUUACCCGUCUAUCCGCGGAACAAUUCAAACCUCCAUCGUUCACUGAAGAUCCAAGCCAUCUGAGACAAAGUCAUCCAUCGUAAAACAUAUAAAUAUCUAGAUAUAUUUUAAAUUACACUCAUAUAAUUAAGUACAAAUGUUUCAUAUUCUUUGAAACAAUAGUAGUUGACAACUAUCAUAUUGCCAGUACAUCAAAUUUGUAUAGACAAUUCAGUCUCUUGAUUUAAGAAAUAUAAUAAUAGUUUGGUUUCUAUUUAAUUUUGGUUUUGUACUUUUAUUGAAUUAUUAAUAAGAUAAAGCACUUAACAUAAAUAUAUUAGAAAUUUAUUAAUGAGAAACAUAUUUAUAAAAUAAAUUGACGCACUAUUUAGUUUCAUUAUUUGUAAGGGAAAUAAAUUAUCAAAUUUAACCAAAUUAUCAUUCUACUUUAAUGUAAUAUAAUUUUCUUAAAUUAAAAUCUUAUUCUAAUCAUCUUCAUCUUCCAUUUCUUCCUCGUAAUACCUGGAGGUUGAGGGUACAGCUAAGUCUAACGAUUUGCUUGUAAAGUCUUGUUGAUUAUCAUUUGUUGACUGAUACUUGAUACUUUGUGGAGGAGACUUGGUAUUUGUACCUUUUAAUGAUUUGUUCACUAACCCCAAUAAAUGAAGUUGUUCUACCUAAA